AUGGCGACUCAAUCAUCCCCAAACUUGUCGGGGCGCCAAACAGCACCGCAACGCCUUCGGAAGCGGGCUCAGGUGGCUAGGGCCUGCGAUGAGUGUCGAAUGCGCCGCACGAAAUGUGACAAUAAAGUUCCAUGUUCAAAAUGUUCGAUAAAAGGACUAGACUGUAGUAACAGCGGCAUUCCCAAGGCCUCGACUCUUUCCGAAGCCCGUGAUGAGAUUACGUGGUUAAAACAAAGGGUUCAGCAACUCGAAGCGCAAGUCGACCGACAGCGCAACGACAGCGACAACUUAACUACGUCGACAAAUUCGUCGCGGUCGGGCUCGCAGGACCCGCGGUCCGUAGUAAUUGAUACAAGCCAUACAGAUAUCAAAAGGUUUCCUGGGGGCAUUCAAUUUCGCGCGGCACGGUCGCCGAACGAUGCAUGGUUUGGGCCAUCCUCAUCUUAUUUUUUUGUGCAACGUCUUAGUGCGUUUUUGAAUUUGAAACUCUCACAAUCAUGUCCAGCACAUCAACUACUUCCGAUUUCAGCCAAAGAAAAUAAACUACUUGAUCGACCGGAUAAUAGUGGUGAUGUGGGAGAGGAGGAUCUUUUACGUCGACCGAUCUCCUUCACAAAGAAAAUCUCUACGCAGGGAGUCUAUCUAAACCUUAUACAGGAGGAGUACUUUAUCAAUUUCUUUUGGCAAACGCACCACACCUCACUUUUCCCGAUAAUAGACGAAGCGAACUUCAAGAAGCAUUACCAGUCACUGUGGGUGACUGGCGGGACGGAAAGAAGGCCGUCGGCGCUUGUUGAUAUUGUCAUUGCCAUGUGCAUGCAGUACUACCUUUCAACUUUACCCUCGGAGUCACAGGGCAUUCUUGUUGAGGGCAAGGACGCAAUGGUUGCCGGCCGAUGGCAUUACUGGCGGGGCCAAACAUUACUUACACACGAGCUCGAAAGCCCGUCUAUAUCGACACUGCAAUGUCACUUGCUCUGUGCCAUAUACCUGUGCGGCGGGUCUUUUCAUAACAGAAUGGAAAAUUCUGUUAGCUUAUCUGUACGCACCGCUUAUACUCUUGGUCUACACUUGGAUCCUCCAUCCAACAUGCCCGAGCGGGACCGUGAAAUGCGUAGACGCUUGUGGUGGGCUGUCUAUCUCAUGGACAGUAAGGCCGGAAUGAAGCUUGGUCGUCCCUUCAUGCUGCAUGACUCCUAUGUCAUGCCAUGCUUACCCAACGACAGCCUCGAGGCCGCGGCCAUUUCAGGAUCUACAUUCGCUCCUAUUGGAGACAAUGCCACUUGGCUAAGCUUUAACCUCUACCAGACCAAAUUAUACAUGGCGGUACGAGCGGCCUAUACGUCAUUCUAUGACAGGAUUCUCCACUUGCAACAUGAUCAGUCUAUAUGGGAUGACCCUGACACCUUACAAGCCAGUGCAGAGGCUUUGGCAAGGCACACCCAGCGCCUCCAGCAAUGGGUUGACAGUGUACCGGAACCCUUGAGGUCGAAACGCAGCAACAAUGGUACACCUUUCUCCACAGAUGGCACAAGUCCCUCGAUCGAGCAGUUUGCACCUAUGUGGUUGCAGCGACAGCGCCUGCUCCUUGAACUCACGUAUCAUCACUUGUGCGUCAACCUUUAUCGACCUAUUAUAUCAUUCACUUCUCGGCUGCCGCCAGGAGGUGUGGUAGAGGAAAUGGCUCUACGAUGUGCUAGCCACGCGAUAAUGCUAUCGAAGAUUACACAGCAAGUUCUCGCGGAAACAUCAAUCCUUGACGGGUGGCAUGAUGCGUAUUACUGUCAGUGGAAUUCGACAAUGACACUGAUUGGAUUUGUAAUGGUUUAUCCGCAUACUUCCCUAGCUGCCGAAGCCAGGGCCGCAAUUGAUCUCGCUCUCAAUGUGUUUGAUAAUUUCGGCGCCAAAUUUGCUAUUGCACGAAAUGCGGCGAAUAUAGUGCGAGAUUUAUGCGAAAAGAUCGAUAGCCUAGCAAAAGCAAAUCAGGUUCAGCAUGUAGCAACUAACGAAUUUACAACAGAGCUCGUGGAAGCUACGACUAGUGAGCUACUACAAGAAGUUUUACCCAGUCAGGUCUUUGUUUCCAACCCGAUGUUUGAGAACAUAUAUCCACAUGAACAGAUUGAUGUACCCGAUUUUAACUUUUUCGAUAUGGCUGUUGAUGUUGAUUUUUGGAAUGAUCUUGACACUCUUUGGCCGGAGACCGACGCUGUGUCUCAGUAUCAAAUACCUGUCCAGAUUUAA